CAAUCAUCUAAUACACAAUCGUAACAGGGGAAGGAUCAUUGACUUUGUCGGAUUCGUUAGUUGUGAAAUCGGCUCACUGUUAAUCGUUAUGCGCAACCUUUUUUUCCUCAACAGACCGCCGCCCUUGAACGCACCACCGCGUUUGUCCAGCGAACGCACAUGUUACCACAAGAAACCUUGCUUCCGCGAACGAUAUGACUAGUUACGACGCUGUGGGGGGCCCCGCAGCCUUGCCUUUUGCGGCCCCCGCCGACGGAACGUCCAAGCCCAAGACUGCCAAGGGAAAGUCCUCGAAGACCAAGAAACAGAAGCAGUAUCGAGCCAAGAAACCGAAAGAUAUGCCUCGCCGUCCACUCAGCGCGUACAACAUCUUUUUCAAAGAAGAGCGAGCUCGAAUGCUCGCGAAUGCCAGCGAAAAGGCAGCGUCAGCUGAAAUCGAAGAAAACGAAGGAAAUGAACCGGACGCCGCCCCGUCUACAAAAGGGAAAAUCGGAUUCGAGGCCAUGGCAAAAACUAUUGGUAAACGAUGGAAGGAGCUUGAAGCAGAAAACCUCGAACGGUACAAGAAGCUCGCCAAGGAAGAUAUGGAGCGCUACCGAGUGGAAAUGGACAAGUAUCAUCUGGAACUAGCAAAGAAGUCAAGAGUAGAGAGAGAAGAAGCAGCCAAGCUUGGUCCGAUGAUGGGUGCAACGAAUGACCAGAUGAUUGGUGGGAUGCAGGACAACCAGAUGGCCAUCGCACAGCAGAUGCAAGAUCCUUCCAUGAUGGGAGCCGCACAACUCGAUCAGUUUCUGCGUGCGCAAAUGAUGGCUGCCGGCAACGGAUCUCCGAACGCCCAGUUCUCCGGAGCGCAGAUGGGAAUGCCCCCCAAUUUUGGGGGCUUCUACCCUGGCUUCCAAGGAGCCAUGGGCGGAAUGCCGCAGAGUUUCGGUGGCGGGGCAGAUGGGGGCGGACAACAGCUCGGUCAGCAGCAGAACUUUUUUCCAAAUCCCAUGAUGCAAGGCAUGCCUUUUCAGCAGAACCAAUUUAUGGGUGGGCAGCAAGAAGCGCUCAUGGGACAAUUUGAACAACAGCAGCAGUUCUUGAUGCAGCAGAUGGGGAAUCAACAGUUCGGGGGAGCUGGCGCUUUCCCGAACGCCAGUGGCGGUAAUCAAGGGUACAAUUUUGGAAACCAAGGCGGCGCUCAAUUUGGACAAUUCCAACAGGACGAUCAAAACAAGUGAGCAAAGGUGACCACUUCGGAAAAGUGUCUACGUACAAGCCAUCAUCACCACAGGCACUCAUGGACGCCGACCAACAAAUAUGUGUUAAAUUAACUAUUAGUUAUCUAUUUGG